AUGAACUCAUACCAGAAAGAGGUUGACCCCAAAGAUUACACUUUUUCUGGACUUAAAGACGAAACUGUGGGUCGACUGCCUGGAAAAGUAGCAGGGCAACAAUUUGUCAUUCAGGACUGUGAGAAUUGUAAUAUCUACAUAUUUGACCAUUCUGCUACAAUCACUAUUGAUGACUGUGUAAACUGCCAAAUCUUUUUAGGCCCAAUAAAAGGCAGUGUGUUUUUCCGUGACUGCAAAGACUGUAAAUGCAUAGUGGCCUGCCAACAGUUUCGCACUCGAGACUGCAGAAAGCUGGAGGUAUUCUUGUGCUGUGCCACCCAGCCCAUUAUUGAGUCCUCCACAGGAAUGAAAUUCGGAUGUUUCCAGUACUACUAUCCUGAGCUUGCUUUACAAUUUAAAGAUGCUGGACUGAGUAUCUUCAACAACACAUGGAGCAACAUCCAUGACUUUACCCCUGUGUCAGGAGAAAAUAAUUGGGGCCUUUUGCCUGAAAAUGCUGUAGUACAAGAUUAUGUUCCUUUGCCCAGCUCUGAGGAGCUGAAAGCUGUCAGAAUUUCUACUGAUGCUACAAGGAGCAUAAUACCAAUAACUCGAGGGCGGAGACAGAAAAGCAGUGAUGAAUCAUGUUUGGCCGUGUUUUUUGCUGGUGACUACACAACUGCAAAUGCCAGGAAAUUAAUUGAUGAGAUGACUGGCAAAGGCUUUCAGCUGGUACAGACUAAAGAAGUCUCAAUGAAGGCAGAGGAUGCUCACAGAGUUUUCCAGCAGUGUGCAUCAGAAUUCAUUCCGCUGCUUGAAAAAGGUCCAGUGGUUGCUUUGGAGUUCAAUGGAGAUGGUGCUGUGGAAGGAUGUCGAAGCACUAUAAAUGAUGUUUUUAGUGGGACCAAGGUUUUUGUAUCGGAGAGCAAGGCAUCAGCGUCUCAAGAUGUAGACAAUUUCUACAACUUUGCUGACAUGCAGAUGGGAAUGUGAAGUAUAACAUGAAGGUGUUCACAUAUGGUUUGUCUUGGCACUUGGAUGUCACGUGGCUUGAAUAUUGCAGUAGUAUCUGAGAAGUUUUGUCAUUUGGUUUUGUAUUUCUUGUAUGUGUCUUUUAUAAAGCUAUCAGUGGUUUUACUACCAUAUUACCUGAACUGGAGUAAAUGGCAUAGCUCCCCAUGUGCAUUGUGUUUGAAACUUGUAUUUUGACUCCAGAAACAAUGGAGGUUUUCUACUAACUUUUUACAGCGAUUUCUAAACUUCUAUUGACACUUGAAUGUUUCUUGUCAACAUCUAAUGGUAAAACAUAUUUGAAAAGUGCAAUGCUGAUCCAAAUUUGAUGCAAUAGUAAUUGUUAUCUUUAACUCAGAC